AUGUAUUCUCACUCAAGUCGGAGUGGAAGUCACAAACAUGGAAGGAAGGGAGAAAAGAAGGAAAAAGGACACAAGCCAAGAGAGUCCAGCAGCAAACAAGAUAUUCUAAGCUGCAGCUUUCUCUUCGUGGUCAACGAACUUCAGAUCCUCGAAGGACAUGACAAUGUCGAUAUAUACGGCAAUAUUCUCCCACCCAACUCCGCUGAUGGUUAUGGUAAAGAGAUUGCCGGUCUGGUCUGGCGGUAUGAGAAUGGCGUCGUCAGUCAAGCUGGAAGUGAGUUUAUCUGGCAUCGUCCGGAUGUGGGAAGCCCCGGAGGUAUCUGGGGUCCAACAGGAGGGCAUUUCGACGUGAAUGGGACCUUUCAACCAGACAUUAAACCGAUGAUGGAAUACCAGACUUGCAGCGUCUUCAACUGCUGGCGCUUCCUCCCAUGCAGAUUCACCGACGUCGACGUGUCUACAGUGGAUGACCCAUUCUGGCACAACCUAGAAUUCCAUCAAGACCGCCCCAAUACGGGCAUUACUCGGAUCAUCGUCCCUGGCGGGUCCCAAAGACAUGUUGUUGGGAGGAAUCCGUCUUGGAUACCCCAUAUUUUGCCAGACAUAUUCGCCACGCCGGAUCCAGCAGCUCCCCAGUCCACCGGCCUUGGUGGCAGCUUUGCUAUCAUCAUCGCUCUCCUCGCCCUCACGACAAGACAUGAACGCAUGGAUGAUGUGUUUCUCCAAGGCCAAUGGAACAGGCACCAAUGGACAGGAAGCCGAUGUCCCCAGGCUGAUCCCGAUCCCAUGGGCUCUCCGCGGGGUGUGAUGGUACAUGUCUGCUAUGAUAGCUAUAACAUCAACACCAAUUCGACCCUCGAUGCUAUCGGGAAUUUCGAGCGACAAGGCUGUGCCAUCAAAGAUCGCCGAUGA